AUGUUUUUGUUUCAGAUCACUUUCUACGAGGAGAAGAACUUCCAGGGUCGCUCCUAUGAGUGCAUGAGCGACUGCUCCGACAUGUCCUCCUACAUGAGCAGGUGCCAGUCCUGCAGGGUGGAGAGCGGCUGCUUCAUGCUCUAUGAGAAGAACAACUACAUGGGCCAGCAGUUCUUCAUGAGGAGGGGAGAGUACAACGACAUGCACCGCAUGCAGAGCAUGGGAAUGAUGUUUGACAACAUCAGGUCCUGCAGAAUGAUCCCCUUUCACAGAGGCCAGUUCAGGAUGAAGAUCUACGAGAGGGAGAACUUCGGUGGUCAGUUCAAUGAGAUGAUGGACGACUGUGACAACAUCCAGGAUCGUUACCGCAUGUCCGACUGCCACUCCUGCCACGUGAUGGACGGCCACUGGCUGAUGUAUGAGCAGCCCCACUACAAGGGAAGGAUGAUGUACAUGAGGCCCGGAGAGUACAGGAGCUUCAGGGAUAUGAUGAGCUGCCAGAGGUUCAUGAGCAUGAGGCGUAUCACUGACAUGUGUUAAGUUUUCUCAUCAAUAAAACAUGAUCAGACUGAAAUGUGCUGAAUUUCUUGCUGGUAAUCAUAACUUGAUAUCACCUAACUAUCCAAAAAAAUGACCGUAGAUAGCCAUUAUGAUUAAAAUCAUGUGAUGGCAAUUUUGUAUGGAAAAUUGUAUCUUAAAGGAUAUGGGGUACAAAAGUAAUUGCAAUACAAAACAUAUUUUGGCAAUUACAUUAUCUAGGUGAAAGUUACUAUGGUAAUAUGGUGAAUAAAUAUAAAUAUGGUAAUUUGACCAUCUGUAAGGUAACAAGUAUGGCAAUAUUGAGGAAGUCAUCAAAACUCAACCAAAUCCCAACAUUGAAUAUCAAUUAACAAUAUACAUAUCUAAUAAAUAAUGCAUUAUUUUGCAGGACUUAACAAAUGGGAAACUAUCUUCUGAUUGCAUACCUGAACCAAACCAUCAUCAUGUUCUGGAAUGUAUAAUUGUUUUAAAAGAAAAGGUUAAUGAUAUGAACUCUACAUGAUUUUUUUUACCCAAAAGAACACUAAGGAAAAAGAUGAAAACCAAAAACAAAAAUAAGCAUGGAAACAAAUGGAAAAUAAUCAUAUUUGUAGAUGUGCAUGAAUGAGGAAGACUGUAAACAGUCACGGUGUAACACCCGUUAGCUUUUAUUAGCCAAGAACCA